CCUCCUUCUCAUUCUUCUCUUCAAUCCCUCGUCAACCGCCACCAUGCGCCUCCUCCUCCUCGUCCUCCUCCUCCCUCCUCCGUUCCCCCUCGCCUGCGCCCAGGUCGAUAACACUGGCCCCACUGGCCCUUACUACAACUCCUACACUCCCUCCAUGGCCAUCAUCAUCGUCAUUCUUGUCGCCGCUCUCUUCCUCACCGGCAUUUUCUCCCUCUACAUCCGCCACUGCGGCCAAUCUUCCGGCUCCGCCCUCCCCAACCUCGCCGCUCGAUCCAGACGCCAGCCUCGCGGCCUCGAUCCCUCCGUCAUCCGCUCCUUCCCGACUCUCGACUACUCCGCAGUCAAGGUUCACAAGAUUGGAAAAGGUACCCUGGAAUGCGCCGUCUGCCUCAACGAGUUCGAGGACUCCGAGACGCUCCGCCUCAUGCCCAAGUGCGACCACGUCUUCCAUCCUGACUGUAUCGACGAGUGGCUGGCCUCCCACACUACCUGCCCCGUCUGCAGGGCCGACCUCGUCCCUCAACCAGGCGACUCCCUUCAUGGACCUCCCGUGCUUGACUCUCGCGCUGAUGUCGAAUCUCAGAACGACGCUCGGGAACCUCCUGACGUUGACCGAGAGGCCGCCGAGCCCGAUGUCAGGUGUUUCAAUCAGAGGCUGAACCCGGACAGUGCGCGAGGUUCUCGAUCGAGUCAGCCGGUAUGGUGGGCGAGGUCUCACUCGACUGGGCACUCGCUGCUCCAGCCGGGGGAAAACACCGACAGGUACACUCUGAGACUGCCGGCGGACGUGAGGAACAGGCUGCUCAAUCAGAAAUUUCAUCGGGCCACAAGCUUGGUAAUCUUGCCGGGGGAAAGUAGUUCGAGGAGGGGAUAUCGAACCGGAGGGGAGGGUAGUAGCAGGGGAAGGUUUUCGAGGCGACUGGACCGCGGUUUUAAAUCAGACCGAUGGGUUUUCACGAUGGCGCCGCCGUUCUUAGUGAGGGCGUCAUCAAUCAGGUCGCCGAAGGUGGCUAGUAACAGUGCCGCCGUUGAAGAGACCUCCGCCGACCCCAUCAUGCCACCCUUGGCGGUGGACUCGGCCCGGCCUCCGGUUUAGUAAUUCCUUUUGCUUUGAGUUUUGGAUUCAUUACACGGUGCAGCAGUGCACAAAAUUGAGACCUUCCGCUUCCUUCUGCAGCAGGUACUUGUAAAAUUCACCCUCAGAUUUUUUUUCUCAGCCACGAUUUCGAUUCAUGUCUAAAUCGUUGGGCUGAUUUGUUCUGAGUAAUGUAAUUAAAAUGCUCUUAAUUAAUCUGAAGGAUGUGAUCAUUGUAUCGA